GAUAAAAGUACAAAGGUCAUAAGUGCUGUAUUUGUAUUGUUCAACCGGUAAAACGGCUCUUCAGCGUAACAUACUUGCUUCAGUACGGCCACGCGAAGACUGCUGACCAUAUUCAACAUCUAACGAACUGUGUGUGUGUUUCUGUGAGUGUCAUAUGUACUGUUUGUGUCUAUACGUCAGAAGUUGCGUAAUAGCAUCGGAAUUGACUGCAGUUUACGCCAAGCCCACAUUACGAGAAAGUCAGCGUAAUGGAGAGAAAUGCCUCCCCCAAAGCGAGGCGUGUCCUCUGGCUGUCUGUGGCUCUGGCUGGGGUCCUGCUGUCUCUUGCCAUUGGGCUCGGGGUUGGCCUGAGUCUUAGCUCACCGAAUCGUGCUGGACAACAAGUUGAGGAAAAACUUGUUAUUCUUGACUUGGACCCCGGCAUUGAUGACGCCAUCGCCAUGUUGAUGGUGCUAUCCCAGCCUGCUGUGCGCGUGCUGGCGGUCACGUGUGUAAAAGGGAAUGCGCGGGAAGUUCAACAGGCGGCUAGGAACGCGCUGAGGGUGCUGCAAGUCGCCGGGCGGAUGGAUAUCCCCGUGCACGUAGGGGCGUCGCUACAGCUCAUGGGGCAUGACGUGUUUGACCACACCUACUGGAACGGCGCCGACGGCAUGGGAGACGUACCUGACGUCAGCCUACCUGACUACAACCUGAUCAACCAGACAGAACACGCCGUGUUAACGUUGAUCCGGAUGUCCAAGGUUUACCCGAACCAGAUCACCCUCAUCGCCCUCGGUCCGCUCACUAACGUGGCGCUGGCCAGGAGGAUGGACCCGGACAUUUCCUCACGCUUCAAGGAGAUCAUCAUCAUGGGAGGCAACAUCAGAGGAGUCGGUAACAUGGACGUCGCUGCGGAGUUUAACUUCUGGAUGGACCCCGAGGCGGCGCAGGUUGUUCUGCGGGAGUACAAGUGUCCCAUGAAGGUUGUGCCGUGGGAGGUUUGUCAGGAACACGGCCUGGAAUGGGAUUUCUUCACCAGCUGGCUAACUGCAGACACCGCUAAGGCUCGCUUCAUCCGGGACAUUUCACACAACCUCACCCAGCAACUACAACAAGAUGGCGCGCUGACGUACACAGCCAGCGACACCUUAGCAACCGCCGUUGCUAUGGACAACGCCGUGGCACAGACCAUCUCUAAUGUGUACGCUACAGUAGAAACGAAGGGCGAGUUUACAAGAGCACAAAUGGUAGUGGAUUGGGCAAGACUGAGUCACAAAAGUCCGAAUAUUGACGUCAUUGAAAGCCUUGAUAUGACACGGUUUAAGCAGCUUUUGACAGAAGCAGUACAAUAACGUACUGUAAUGGAAGCUCAUCUGUGUUGGUAGUAAUCAUAGUAAUGCUAAACUUUCUUCCAACGCAAAAGUACACAGGGAUCAAACUUUCAACAACCACUGUUGCCUUCUUCAUUAUCAAUACUGAGAGCUACUAUAACAUACUAAUACAGUGUACAUGAGUUUUUAUUUCCAUCAGUACAUUUUGAUCUUUGUCAGUUUUGUAAGUGGUAAAUGUUUUGGCGGACCUACUGUAGCAGAUCUCUAGACUAAGUAGAGAAGGCGAGUGGCACAAAAAGCCCGUGUCCCUUGUCAUAUGUCAGUUCCAUUUGUUAACAAUCGUUUAUAAACGAUUCUUGUAAAUGACCAAGCCCAUGAGGCACGUAAUCUAUUUACCUAAGCCCGUACAUAAGUCCUUCCUCCAUAUAGUCCAUGGGCCAGAGGGGUUUUUGGUACCACCGAGAGGGACAAGUGCUAUCAUGGAUUUUUUUGUAUUAGUAGGAACCAAAGUUUAUUUUAAGCCACGAUAACCAGUUGUCAUGCACAGCUUUCCUACUGUAAUCACGUGACCAAGUGACGUCAUCCAAAUUGACCUGGCCGUUUGGUCAUUUAUUGAAAAGGACGAGAUAAAUAUGUAAAACAUUCAAUAAUUUCCAAUGAAAAUUGGUUUACAUGUGAAAAAUACCACAAGAAUUACAAAGUAUUAAGUUUUUUGUCGGUAUUUAGCAUCUUUAGGAAGUUAUGAAUCUUUAAAGGCUGAUUUUUGGGGUAAUUUUGGCGUAAAAAUUACAUUGUUUACUUUCCAAAACCAGGCAUUUAUUCAGCCUGCCUAUAGGGCCUUGUUUGAUACGUUUUCGUGAUUUGCCACAUCUUUACCUGCAUUUUGGGCUUUAAAGCAACAAAAUCCGUCAAUUCCAGCAGGAGUUACGAGUAUUUCAAUAAUUACACCCAACGGACUUUUUAUCAAAUUUCUGCGAAUAUCGCAAUGCAUCAUGGGUAAUCCAAGAGACUGUCUAUAAACUAAUCCAUGUGGCCGAGUCAAAAUGUUGAUUUUUCUCAACAUUUGGGGUAGUAGUAGGGCAUUGGUCCAUACAUACAAAAAUGGCUAAGUUUUGGGUAAAGUGCUGUUCACCGGUUGCCAUGGCAACGGCCAUUUUUCUAAUGGCGAUUUUCAUCUGUUUAUGGUCAUUCAGUCGUUUGUAUCAUCAGUCAUCAUUUGUUGUUGAUGGUAUCUGACGUAAUUCCGACUUACUUAUUUGGUGUUUACAAGUAUAGAAUUCUGACCUAUUUCCAAUCAAAUAAAGCAAAAGAUAUC